CAGAAAUCCAUCUGAAUAAGGAAAAGGCAUUUGAUUUUGAGCUUCUUAUUUGAACUUUAGCAGCAUGCUAGUGUUUAUGACAUGCACUUGUAUUUAAUUGUUGGAACUUCAUGGAUGCAAAAUGGCUGUUAUUAAUAGAGAAGAAGACUGUACAUGAUUUGAUUAAAGGGGAGGGGCCGUUUUGGCUUGGCAAAUUAAGGGGAUGCACCUAUGGAAGCAGAGCUUUGGGUGUAAAAUCCUCCAUCUUACGGUGCGGUACACGCCGACUGACCCAUGUAGUUUUCAUAUCCAAAAGUAAAGCAAAAGCAAAUUCCACACAACUUGUUAGAUAAGCAAGUCAAAAGAAAAUUCCACGAAAUUUCGCAGAAGGAAUCUUUGUAUCGCCACAUGGAAAAGAUAGUCUGCAAGCAAUUUUCUUUCCUCACUCAGUUAUUCACUUUAUCACUCAGAACCUUCAGUACCGCCCAACGUUGAAGACAAACAAAUGAAUUUGCACCGAAAGCAAAUAAAGUUCUGUGGCCCACUCCUUGCGAAUAAUACCCAAUCUCUAAUCUUGUUGGAAAUAAUUUUGUAGCUUUCAAUUUGGAAAAAUCAGUUGAAGUUUGUGUAUCCUUCCACAACAUACCAGGGACUUUGAGCAACAGAACCUGAUCAUAAGUUUUCCCCUUUCUUCCCCAUCGAUUGCAGUUGCUUUCACCUUCUCAUCACAAUCACUUCCAUCCCAAAGGAGAAACUAUGGCUGCAGAAUUGGUAGGAGGAGCAUUUCUGUCUAGCUUAUUCGGCGCGUUGUUUGAUAGAAUGGCAUCUCCUGAGGUAUUGAACUUCUUUAGCGGCAGUGUCAAUGAUGAAAUGCUGAAGAAACUACAGAUAACCCUGUUGUCCCUUGAGGCAGUACUGAAUGACGCAGAGGAAAAGCAGAUGAAAAAUCAGGCUGUGAAAAACUGGCUCGAUGAGCUUAAAGAUGCUGUCUAUGAUGCAGAAGACAUACUGGAGGAGAUUGCAUCGCUCACUUUUUUGCGCAAGCUGAAAGAAGAGCCUCAAACCACCUGGGCGUCUCGGGUACCAAACGUUUUCUCUUUUCCUGAGAGGAUGAACCCAAAGUUGGAAGAGAUCUUCAAAAGACUAGAACACAUUGGAAAACAAAUUAAUAUCCUCGGCCUACGAAAUGAUGUCAGGGAAAAAAAGCCACCAAAAUUACCAACAACCUCUUUGGUAUAUGCAUCUGAAGUGUAUGGCAGGAAUGAUGACAGAGAGGCUUUAAUUAAGAUGCUGCUUUCAGAUGAUGCAAGUUGCCAUGAGUUAGGAGUGAUUAGUAUUGUGGGCAUGGGUGGGCUUGGAAAGACUACUCUUGCUCAGCUUGUCUACAAUGACAGCACAGUGACAAAGUGGUUUGAGCGCAAAGUAUGGGUCUGUGUCACAGAAGAAUUUGAUGUGCAGAGGGUAACGAGAACCAUCAUUGAAGGGCUCACUUCUACUACUUGUGAUAUAAAGGACCUUAAUCUGCUCCAGAUUCAUUUAAAGGACAGACUUCAGGGAAGGAAAUUUCUUCUUGUUCUAGAUGAUGUUUGGAACAAGAAAUAUGCUGAUUGGGAAGCACUGAAACGCCCUCUUAAGUCUGCAGCAGAAGGUAGUAAGAUCAUCGUGACAACUCGUGACGAAGGUGUUGCAUCUGUCAUGAGAACUACAACAUCAAGUUAUAAUCUAAAGCAGUUAUUGGAGAGAGAUUGCUGGUCCUUAUUCACCAAGCAUGUGUGCAGCGGCAGUGGAAAUACUACUAUUCGUCCUGAAUUAGAAGCCAUGGGUAGAGAAAUUGUGAAAAAGUGCAAAGGCCUACCUUUAGCCAUAAAAACCCUUGGGGGUCUGUUACGCAUGAAAGUUGGUGCCAGGGAAUGGGACAAGAUACUGAAGAGUGAUAUUUGGGAGUUUUCGGAUGAUGAAAGUGAUAUUCUUCCAGCCCUAAGGUUGAGUUAUCACUAUCUUCCUUCGUAUCUAAAACCAUGCUUUGCAUUCUGUUCACUUUUCCCCAAGGAUUACAGAUUUAAGAAGGAAGAAUUAGUUCUAUUGUGGAUGGGAGAAGGCUUAUUAGACCACGCCAAAGGAAAAGGCACGAUGUUGGAAGAAGUAGGCGAUGACUACUUUGACGAGCUUGCAUCAAGGUCGUUUUUUCAGCGAUCAAGUGGUUCUUCGAGAACGUGGUUUGUUAUGCAUGACCUAAUAAAUGAUUUGGCUAAGUUUGUAUCGGGGAAAUUUUUCGCAAGGUUUGAGGAUGAUGGCUCUUGUGAAAUUAAUAAAAGGACUCGUCAUUUCUCUUAUCUGCUUACACAUUGUGAUACAUCUAAAAAAUUUGAAGCCUUGAAUGAAGCCAAGUAUUUGCGAACUUUUUUGCCUCUAGACAAAUAUAAUAAGUAUGAUUGGGUGCUCCGGAGAAGUGUUAGUGACAUUGUAACACAGGAUCUGCUGCCCAAGUUAGGGUGCUUAAAAGUGCUCUCUUUAUCUCAGUAUCAAAAUUUCGAUGUGUUGCCGAAUUCGUUUGGCAAUUUGAAGUUAUUACGUUAUCUUAAUCUCUCUUUUAAUCGUAUCAAAAUAUUGCCUGAAUCGGUGAGUGCUCUGUUUCAUUUGCAAAUUCUAUUACUAUCCUAUUGCCACGACCUUGUUGAGUUGCCUACCAAAUUGGGAAGGUUAACCAAUUUGCAACAUCUUGAUCUUAGAGGCACGAAGUUGAAAGAGAUGCCAGCACAUAUGGGUGAUCUAAAAGAUUUGCACAAGUUAACUACAUUUGUUGUAGGCAAACACAGUGGGUCCAGCAUCAGCGAGUUAGGGGAGCUCCAACAUCUUCGUGGAACUCUUUCCAUUUCGAAUUUACAGAAUGUUGGUUUUUCUGGAGAUGCUUUGAAGGCCGAUUUGAAGGGUAAAAAGAAACUGCAAAAAUUAGUGUUGCGUUGGAGCGCUGAAAAGGCAGAUGUACCUAACUUUGUGCCUCAGAGAGAUUUAGAACAUGAAAGAAAUGUACUUGAGCAGCUACAGCCUUCUCCAGAUCUGGAACACCUCAAAAUUUUCGGUUAUGGAAGUGCACAAUUUCCAGAAUGGGUGGGACAUCAUUCCUUUUCAAAAAUCGCAUGCAUGGAGUUGAGCAAUUGUGAGCAUUGCUUGUACUUGCCAGCUCUUGGACAUCUUCGAUCUUUGAAGAAGCUGCAUAUCAGAAGACUUGCUCGAGUAACUGCUGUAGCUUCUGAGUUCUAUGGGAAUGGUUCUAGUGUAAAGCCCUUUGAAUCACUUGAAAUACUGACGUUCGAGAAGAUGCAGGAGUGGCAAGAGUGGUUGUGUUUGGGAGAUGAAAAUGGAACUUUCUCUAGUCUCCAAGAACUAUACAUAAUAGAUUGUCCAAAGCUGACUGGAGAUCUACCUAAAACACUUCCUCUUCUAAGAAAACUUUGGAUUGAAAAUUGUGAGAGGCUUGCUAGUUGUCUCCCGAGGGCUCCUGACAUGUGUAAACUGAAGUUAGUGAGUUGUGAUAAAAUGCAGCUGCAGGCACUACCAACAGAGCUGCAAGAAUUAAAAAUUGAAGAAUGCAGUGUCCAACAUUCCAUGCUGGAGAUGAUGCUGCAGCACUGCACUCGUCUUGAACAACUUUCUAUUAGAAGUUGUUCUCUUGAGUGCCUUCCUGAAGGUCGUCUACCUGUUUCCUUAAAGAGAUUGAAGAUUGAUAACUGCGGUGAGCUUGAUUUUUCUAGAAUCCUCUUGUACACAUCUCUGCAAGUAUUGAAGCUAAUUGGAGCCCAUGAUUCACUAAAAUCAUUCCCAUUAGGCUCUUUUCCUAACCUGAAUAAAUGCCUGUUCAAGCAUUGUACAAACAUCAAGUUCUUAUCUGCAUUAGAGGGACCUGACCAGCAGCAUCUCCAAUCUCUUGAUGAUAUAUGUAUAUCCGACUGUCCUAAUUUUGUAUCUUUUCCCCAAAGAGGAUUAUCUGCCCCUAACCUGACAACGCUUUCUCUCCACAAUUGCAAAAAUUUAAAGUCACUCCCCGAGCAUAUGCACUCCCUUCUCCCAUCCCUCGACUAUUUGAGUGUUUCAAAUUGUCCAGAGAUUGAGUCAUUUCCAGAAGGGGGCUUGCCAUUCAAAUUAAAAUAUCUUGAAAUUAAUGAUUGUAAUAAACUUAUUGCUAGUCGAAUGGAAUGGGGAUUGCACAAACUCCACUGUCUUACACAUUUCAUGAUGAAUGGAGGAGAUAUGGAGUUCUUUCCAGAUGAGCAGCUGCUGCCAUCCACUAUUACCAAGCUGGGCAUUGGGAGUCUUCCAAAUCUCAAAACUCUGGACUACAAAGGGCUUUAACACCUUACCUCUAUUCAGGAAUUGAACCUCGAUAGCUGCCCAAAGCUCCAAUCCAUGCCACCAGAGGGGCUCCCUGUCUCCUUUUCUUCUAUGUCCAUUUCCCGCUGUCCAUUGCUGACAAAACGUUGCCAAAAGGAGAAAGGUAAAGAUUGGGCCAAGAUUUCUCACAUCCCAUUGAUAAUAAUUGAUUAUCAUCAAGCCGUUGUCGCAUGAACUCGAUGUCUCAGAGAUUUCAUUUGGCUCAGAUUUAUUGAAGCACUACAAAGAAACUAUGGAUGUAUUAUACCAGAGUUGAAAAGUCUCCCUAAUGAAUAUAAGUUUAUUCAGAUUGAGGUGUAUGCUAUCCUGAUAAGUUGGCUAGCAUGUAGAAAAUGAUAGAUAAAGUGUGUGUCUGUAUAUGCAUCAAUUUUGAACUUUUCUCUUGUGUGAUUUUCCUUAAUUAGCUGGUCUAUCAGUAACCGUUAUUUAUUUUUUGGGUUUAGGAUAUGUCCCUAAUAUGAGAUAAGCUGCAUAUAAUGAAACAGAACACACCUAUAACCUAGUAGUCAAUCAGCAGGAACAACCGAAAUUGAGAACCAUUUCUUUUUGAAAUGCAUGGCUCCUGCACAAUCUUCAUACAAAGCUCUCUGGUUUACAAAAAACUCCCAGCACGCAUCGGUGUUUAUCUCUAUCUUUAUCUUCUAUAAAGAAUAUUCCUUAUCUUAAAAGGUUUCCUGUUUUAUUUUUCCUAAUUUUAUUUAGAAGAAAUGAAACAAGAAAAGGUUAAAAGGGCCAGGAAAGAGUGAGGCUACUGAAGUUCUUUUUGUUUCAGUAUACUUGCAUUGGUUCUGGUUUUCCUGCUCGCAUGAAGUUGAACUUCCAAAUCAUCAUUCCUUUGCUCAUUCUUUUCUUAUUUUUUUCAAAAUCCAUCUUGACAUGCGGUUUGAAAGCUUCCAGGUCUAUGAACCGACAGAAAAAAGAAAAGGAAAAUGAGAGUACCAUAACUCUCAUUAUUAGUACACUACAUUUGUUUUUAAUAUGACUAAAAUUUGUGCUACAUAUAGCGGUAUAAGUGAGUUCAUAUCUUCCAUCGGAAGCAUUUUUGCAUUUGGUGAUGCAUUCUAUCCUUGCCGUUGUAAGAAACAUGAGAACCAAAUUUACUUGGUGAUCAUUGGACAUUGUUUUGGUUGCUUUACUUGUCAUGUCAUUGUGAAUCUUUGUAAUUUACUGUCUUAUGCUCAACACAAGUUUUUAAAAAUUUUCUAAUUGGAAAUUAAUGUGUCUGACAAUACAGGUAAACACAAUAAUUGAACUUCCAUAUAUGAUGAAUUUUACAACUAUUUUUGUUGGUUAUAAUGGAAGAAAACAACCUUGUCCAGCACAUAUCUUCCCUUUUAUGUCAAAAGUAACAAGAAUUUAGAAUUCCAAGCAAUGAAUCUUACAUGCUCAACUUCUUUUAAAUAGCAGAAACCAUAUGGUCCCUGCAGUCUUGAACCAACGCACUGCCACAGACAAAACAGAUUGAAGCCAUGAAGAGCCUCUCCUUCUCCUUCUCCUUCUCCGCCGUCCUACUGCUUCUGUUACUUUGUUUUGGCAAUCAGCUGAUGAUGGGACAGAGCUCAGAUUGUCAGCAAUCAUUUCCGGAUCCAGGCUGCACACAAGAUGAAUGCAAUAAUCUUUGCAUUCAGCAUUUUGGGAAAACUGGGAAAUAUGGAGCUCCAGUUUAUGGGGUUUGCUUCAUGAUUAGAACUUGUAUCUGCCGUCAAUGUUAAAAGCCAAAAGUUACAACUUAGGCUAGUUUAUCUUUGUCUUGCUUUGUUUCUGGGACAAACAAAGAAAGUCAUUGAAGUUCAAUAAAGGGGAUUUCUAUUUGGAUGCA